UGAAGGGCCACGCCACGCUUGCCAAAGCUACCUCCUUGCGAUUUGUGUAAGAGUUGGACGAGCUUGCAAAUCACGCAUGUCUUACUAGCUAUUGGCGCUUAAGGAACACAGUGAUUCUUUCCUACUGAGAGAUACAAUUAUUAGUCUGCUUCAUAUUAGCUUUUAUAAAUAGCUGAUACUCUGAACAAGAGUGGCCGUGUUGCAGUCAACUUCCUAUACCGCUGGGUUGCCCUGAGAAGGCGUACUUCUCGCCUUUUUGCAACUAAGCCACUAUGGCAGGUUACCCACCGCCACAAGGAUACCCGGAUUCCUCCAAAUCCGCGCCAGGGUAUCCAGCGCCAGCCGGCUACCCAAUGCCCGCCCCGGGGUACGGACCCCCGCCUCCUGGCUACCCUGGAGCACCCCCGGGCUACCCCCCUCCGCCCCCAGGCUACGGGCCCCCGCCUCCAGGCUACGGCGCCCCUCCACCCGGAUACGGCGCCCCUCCAGGUUACCCAGGCGCCUACCCGCCACCGCCCCCAGGCGUCUACGCGCAGCCUGUAUACGUUCAAGGUCCCCCGCACCACCACCACAGUCAAUCGGACGAGAGCGCCAAGUGGUGUUGCGGCUUGAGUGCGUUAGCGGCGCUGUGUUGCUGCUGCCUCAUGUUGGACUAAACUGCAUGUAAGCGCGUUACUGGUAGUGCCGUUGCUGCGGCUGUGGUGCUGCAGCAUGGCGUGCGAGGGCGGCAUGCGUGGGGCGUGGCUGCAAUGUCUUGAUCAGGGUCAGGAUUUGCUUGGAGGGGCCAUCUGGGUCGGGAUUUGCUUGAUUGGGCCAUCUGGGUCAGGAUUUGCUUGGAGGAGCCAUCUGGGUCAGAAGCCGUUUUGAGCAGCUCGGUUGAGCAGCAGCGGUGAGCAGCAGGCCAGAAGGCGGGAUUCGCUGGACGCUACAGUGCGGGGCUUUUGGGGGGCUGUCGUGGAAACGUGCGCGUCGUGAUGCCGCAUUAGCGGGGUGAUAAGGAGGUCAUAAAUGCCGUAAUUAGCACUUCUUAUGUACAUACGAAGGUAGGUUGCCAUCCUUCUAAUCCAUGUCAGCAUUUCCUUGUGUGGUCAAGGGCUCUAGGAACUGCAUGAUUGCGCCCAAGGUGAUUAGGCGCUUAUAGGUGUUCAGGGCUACACACUAUACUGCGCUACUGACGGUGGUCUACUCUCUUGUGUCACCGCCUGUACGCUGUGCUACAGGCUUACUUCUGAUCUAGGGAUCUACGGAUACGUUAUCGAGGGUACAAGCCCCGCAUCCGUAGUAUGAACCUUACUUUGAGGGUGUGGACUGCGGAGGGCUUACCUUGGUAUUUAGGCGUCUUCUUUCCAAUGAACUGUCCUAAGAGGGGUGUACCAUAACUUGUUGCAAAGCGUUCUUACAAUGCUCUUUGACUCACUCGCGUCGACUGAUACGUCCGACUUAGAUGCUGGGUACUUACAAGCAUGCUUUGCAGAUACUGAGCACA